UUAAGGACACUAUCAGUAGGCUAUAUUAUGGAGGAAUGUAACUAGUAGUUAACGUUACUUGCCCACCGCAUGGCAUCUGCAUCUAUCCAUUCUGCGCAGGGGGAGGGGUUUAGCGUAGUCGCUCGCUGCUGCAGCACACAGAGACACAUACAUACACACACACAAGCAUACGUACCGUUGUAGCUAAUUGUAGCUAGCUGGUUAGCGCCGCGCCAUAACAAUCUGUCAUUGCAAUAUAUUCAGUGGCACUAAAAAUGAGCGAUAAUGACAAAGGUUACGGCGAGCGGUGAGGGGAAGGCGGCCGAGGGGAAGCGGUUUAGACCCUGGCGGUAGGGGUAUGAAGCAGUUGCCACCCACAUGAACGAGCCCAGAUUUUGCUCCGCGCCCAGAGUUCAGCGUGCUGAACUUCUGGUGGUAACUGCCGGGCAACAGGAACCUCUUUUUAAAAGAGCUUUGCUUUUUUCGAAAAUGCUCUUCCCGGUAGACGUCGGUCAGGGCGGUUGUCAUGUGGCGGUGUAAAACCAGAUUCUGGUUAAUUCUUCAGAAGAAAUACGUUAAUUGGAACUGACUGGUAGUAAAUUGCAUUUAGAGAUGGAAGAUAGGAUCUCUGUUGAGUGAUGUGAAUUUACAUUUGCUUACAUUAAUACUAAAUUGUCAUUAUGGUAUCUCUCAUUUUGGGUUUGGGCAUGGGUACUUUCUGUAAAAUGAAGCAACAUAAUGUUAUUGAACAACAAUGUAAAAUGAACGGCCUCAAGAUGUCAUUUUAUUCAUUUGCAUUGACUCGCACAUUCAGCCUUCGUGUUUUUUUUUUUUUUUACUUUAAUAAAUAAGUUUAAAAGUUUGUUUGUGCCACCGUGUUUGCGUUUAAGCAGUUUCUCUUUGAAGAAAAUGUGUCUUUACUCUUGAUAAAUCUCCAGCUUACUCCCAAGAUUUAAUGCCAGCAUCAUCACUCCUGGUAAUGCAAGUCAAUACAGAUGGGUGGCAGAAGCAUCUUGAGGUUGUUUGGGCUACAUUAAACUGAGAUUUGUGUGUGUUUUUUUUAAAUGAAGACAAUGUUGGUGGGGUUUAAUCUUGAAUAGGUUAUUCACAUUCAGUGGUUUGAAAUACACUUGAAUGCCUUAGAUGCCACUUGUCAGAAAUGAUGUCUGCAGCGUCUAUUUAAUAUGGAAAACAAUGUAUUUAUUGCAACAACAAAAAAUGUAAAGCUAAAACUGAAAAGUAAUCAUGGCUCAUUUUGUACUGACUUGUAAAUGUAUAGGACUGGUCUGAGGCUGAGUCUAACUAAAAGUGGCCGAAAGGACAUUAACAGUGAAUGUAGAACCACUGAAAGUGAAAUAUUGUAACAUAAAGAAAUUGUAUUAUGUGGUCUUAAACAUUCCAAUGCAUGUCAUAAGAUUAUACACAUUAAAAGUUGAAUGCGGGUGCAGUUUUAAUUGUAGUCAUAAAUUCUUCAUCCUUUUCUUUUUCAUAAAGGUUAAGAUUGGACGAAGAAAAUGCGGAAGAAGUCCACUUUAUUUUCAAUAAUAUGAAGCUCAGAUGUGUGAAGCUGAAUUGUUGAAUGCAUGCUAAAACAUGACGAGGGAAGAAGUAUGGGCAGUGUGAGAUGGGGGAAGUAAGAAGAAGUAAAACAAUUGAAGAAAGAAGAAUAAUGUGAAGUAAUGAAGUUACAGAAAUGAAGUUAAGGAAGUAAUCUGGAUAAGGCCACCCACUAAGUAAUUUUCUGGUCUGUUUGCGUGCAUGUUCUUGUUAUUUUAUACAACAGUUUAAAUCAUUACACUUUUACACAACUGACAAAUUUCUGUUUUUUUUUUCAUCAUGUUGACAAUUUAAUUAUAUUGAUUAAUGUAAUCCUAUUGAUGUCAUAUUAUCCAUGGCUACAAAAAUAGCAUUAACCUGCAUUCCUAAUCCACAAACCUAAAUUCAGUUUUUCUGUACUUUUGACAGGAUAGUCUUAAUUACUAAAUAGAAUUUUUUUUUUUAGGCACAUUUCUCAUUUUGUCCUCUCAUUGGUGCUGACAAGAGGUGUGUUGGUGUGUGUGUGGUUCGUUAGGAGUCUCGCUCUGCAUCCAGGAGUGUGAGUCCUCGGGGCUCUAGGAAGUCUGCAAGCCGCUCCCCAGCUCGGUCGCCUGCCCGUUCAAAAGAAGGCUCCCGCCACUCCCGCUCCAAAUCCCGGUCCCGGUCAAAAUCUGGGUCCCACUCUCACCGUGGCUCACGGAGACACUAUAGCCGAUCUCGAUCCCGCUCAAGGUCCUACCGCCGCCGAUCUCACAGUAGGUCCUACAGUGGAGAGCGCCGACGCCGGAGUCAUAGCCGCUCACCGAUGUCCAACCGCCGCAGGCACAUCGGUAACCGAGCUAAUCCAGACCCAAACGGUUGCGUGGGAGUGUUUGGCCUGAGCUUGUACACCACGGAGAGGGAUCUGAGGGAAGUCUUCUCUAAAUAUGGCCCCCUGGCGGAUGUCUCUAUUGUGUAUGACCAGCAGUCGAGGCGUUCCAGGGGCUUUGCUUUUGUGUACUUUGAGAACACCGGUGAUGCCAAGGAGGCAAAGGAACGAGCAAACGGCAUGGAGCUGGAUGGUCGUAGGAUCAGGGUAGACUUCUCCAUCACAAAAAGACCUCACACCCCAACCCCUGGAAUCUACAUGGGCCGACCCACAUAUGGUGGUGGUGGUGGUGGUGGUAGUAGUAGUGGAGGUAGUGGAAGUGGUCCAAGUGGUCCUCGCCGCAACUCACGAGACUAUGACCGUGGAUACGACCGCGGAUACGACCGAGGAUACGACAGAGGCGGCUAUGAACGCUACGAUGACAGGGAUCACUACAGGUCAUACAGAAGGCGAUCUCCGUCCCCAUACUACAGAGGGGCUUAUAGGUCUCGGUCCAGGUCGCGGUCUUAUUCUCCCCGUCGCUAUUGAACGUUGCUGUCAAGCCCCUCCACUUCCCACACACAGAAAUGUUUGAGUGGAAUGAUUGAUUUCAGAAUAGAUCUUCUAUUUUAAGGUGAUCCUCAGUGAUACUCAGGUGAUCACUUGCUAAUGUACAUGACCAGUAUGUGUUAACUGAGAUCAGUAGUGUCAUUUGGCAUGACUCAAACUGCCCCCUCAUGAUUUUAAUUUCAAAUGUAUAGGCCACAUCUGUCGUAAAAAAUAUAUUAAUGUUUUUAUUAAUGUUUUUGUAUACAAAUUGAGUGAAUGUUCCAUCUUUGAGCACAUUAAAAGGAAGAUGCAUUUUUUCUUUCUCA